GUGCGUGUUUAAAAGGACUGGGAGACGCAAGUUUUAUUUUUAUGAGUAAAUAACGUUGGGGCGGAUCCAUGAUAUUCGAUGGUAUGGCUAAAAGCAGAAAAAAAUUUAUUGCGGCCGACGCAACCCUACUCACUUAUUCCGCUUUCCAAACACGAGACAUGGAGUCAAAGAGCCAAUCUCACCGUCUUGGUCAAUUCAAGAACAAGUCCACCUUCAAGACCGAUGAAGUCAGACGCCGACGAGAAGCUCAAUCUGUCGAGAUCCGUAAACAGAAGCGAGAAGACAAUCUUGCCAAGCGCAGAAACCUCAAUGCCAUUGGUAAAGAGGACAUGUCAGAGAGCGAGGAUGAAAUGGAACAAGCUGUAGAUCUUCAGCUUCGCGAGAUUCUCCCCCCAAUGAUUGCUGGUGUGUAUUCAAAUAACAUUGAGCAACAAUUGGACGCUACCACCAAAUUCAGAAAGCUGCUCUCCAAGGAACGCAACCCUCCCAUUGAAGAGGUCAUUGCCUGCGGCGUCGUUCCCAAAUUUGUCGAGUUCUUGAGAUCUCCUCAUUCAUUGAUUCAGUUCGAAGCUGCAUGGGCUCUCACCAAUAUCGCUUCAGGCUCGUCGCAACAAACUCAAAUCGUGAUUGAAGCUGGCGCUGUCCCCAUCUUUGUUGAGCUCUUGAGUAAUCCUGUUCCCGAUGUGCGCGAGCAGGCUGUUUGGGCUCUCGGUAACAUUGCUGGUGAUUCACCCAUGUGUCGUGAUUUUGUGUUGCAAUGCAACAUUCUACCUCCUCUCCUUUCCCUUUUGAAUGAGCAUAACAAAAUCUCCAUGCAUCGCAAUGCCACCUGGACUCUUUCCAACCUUUGCCGAGGUAAAAAUCCUCAACCUGAUUGGUCAAUGAUCUCACCUGCACUUCCGGUUCUGUCCAAAUUGAUCUACUCCAACGACGAUGAGGUUCUGAUCGAUGCUUGCUGGGCUAUCUCGUAUCUCUCCGAUGGACCUAACGAAAAGAUUCAGGCAGUGGUUGAAUCAGGUGUAUGCCGACGCCUUGUCGAGUUAUUGAUGCACAGCUCGACCAGCGUUCAAACCCCAGCACUUCGAUCUGUUGGCAACAUCGUUACCGGUGAUGACGUGCAAACUCAGGUCAUCAUCAACUGCGCUGUUCUUCCUUCCCUGUUGAGUUUGUUAGGCAGUCCGAAGGAAGGUAUUCGUAAGGAGGCAUGCUGGACCAUCUCCAAUAUCACGGCUGGUAACGCCGCUCAAAUUCAAGCUGUGAUUGAUGCCAACAUCAUUCCACCCCUCAUUCAUACUUUGGCAACGGCAGACUUCAAGACCAAGAAGGAAGCUUGCUGGGCCAUUUCCAAUGCUACCUCUGGUGGCUUGAACAAGCCUGAGCAAAUCAAAUACUUGGUUUCUCAAGGUUGCAUUCGCCCACUUUGCGAAUUGUUGACUUGCAUGGAUAACAAGAUUAUUCAGGUUGCUUUGGAUGGAUUGGAAAACAUUCUCAAGGUUGGCGAAAUGGAACGUGCUAAUGAUAUGGAUAACAUCAACCGAUAUGCUGUGUACAUUGAAGAAUGCAACGGCAUGGAGGCUAUUCACGCUCUUCAAAAUCACGAUAAUGAGGAAUUGUAUAAGAAGGCUUACCAUAUCAUUGACAAGUACUUUGUUGCUGAUGAUGACGAUGUUGAGGAUAGUGAUUUGGUACCAAAGAUGGAUGAAGCCUCAGGUGGUUUUGCCUUCCAACAGAAUGUGAAUCUUCCACAAGGAGGAUUCCAGUUCGGUGGAUUUGGGGCUCAAUAAUCGAUUCCAGCCCAGACAACCCAUCUUAUUUCAACAACACUUUUCUUACCGAGACGCAUAUACUUUGAAUUCUCUUGUCUCAUUUCUAUUCG